AUGAUCGGCCAGAAGACGCUCUACUCCUUUUUCUCCCCGAGUCCUGCCAGCCGGCGACGUGCCCGCAGCCCCGAGCCGGCCGACCCGGGGACCGGCGUGGCGGCCGUAGCUGAGGAGAGCGGGGAUGCAGCGGACAGCCCCGCCAAGAAGGCCCGGGCUGAGCAGGACGAGCCCGGCACGCCGCCCUCCUCGCCGCUGAGCCCUGAGCAGCUGGUCCGCAUCCAGAGGAACAAGGCCGCGGCCCUGCUCAGACUCGCGGCCCGCAACGUGCCCGUGGGUUUUGGUGAGAGUUGGAAGAAGCACCUCAGCGGAGAGUUCGGGAAGCCGUAUUUUAUAAAGCUAAUGGGAUUUGUUGCAGAAGAAAGAAAACAUUAUACUGUUUAUCCACCCCCACACCAAGUCUUCACAUGGACCCAAAUGUGUGACAUAAGAGAUGUGAAGGUUGUCAUCCUGGGACAGGAUCCAUAUCAUGGACCCAAUCAAGCUCAUGGGCUCUGCUUUAGUGUUCAAAGACCUGUUCCACCUCCGCCCAGUUUGGAAAACAUUUAUAAAGAGCUGUCUACUGACAUCGAUGGUUUUGUUCAUCCUGGCCAUGGAGAUUUAUCUGCGUGGGCCAAACAAGGUGUUCUCCUACUCAAUGCUGUGCUCACAGUUCGGGUCCAUCAAGCCAAUUCUCAUAAGGAGAGAGGUUGGGAGCAGUUUACUGAUGCAGUUGUGUCCUGGCUAAAUCAAAAUUCGAAUGGCCUUGUCUUCUUGCUCUGGAGCUCUUAUGCUCAGAGGAAGGGCAGUGCCAUUGACAGGAAGCGGCACCAUGUACUGCAGACUGCUCAUCCCUCCCCGUUGUCCGUGUAUAGAGGGUUCUUUGGAUGCAGACAUUUUUCUAAAACCAACGAGCUGCUGCAGAAGUCUGGCAAGAAGCCCAUCGACUGGAAGGAGCUGUGAUCCUGAACUGAG